GAAUAACAUUUCAUCUUGGCAUCACCAAAUGAGCUUAAAAUAUGGUGGUAUAUUUGAGUUAUAUUUUGGGACCAGCAAAUAUUUGAUGGUCUGUGAUUCACGAAUAGUUGAGCGAAUAAUGAAUACAUCAAAAGAUAAUAAUUAUUUUAUACGUAUUGCAACUAGUAAAGGAUUAGAUACUUUACAGAAAGGAAAUAAUGGAUUAUUAUUUAAUGCGAAUUUUAAGUCUUGGACAUCUAUUAAAAAAGUUUUUAUUAGGACCUUAGCUUCACCUAAUGCUUUAAAAACGGCAAUGAAACUUGUUAAUAGCAUUUUUCAAGAUUUAGAAACGCUAUGGGAUAAUCUGAUUGAAGAACAAGGUCAAUUUUUAAACGGCGAGCAAGACAGAUCUGUAGAUAUUGAUAUUAUACCGUGGUCAAAAAAACUUUUCGCUGAAAAUAUAAUGUUACUG